UCCCUUGCUCUCCUUGGCAACCAGGUGAACCUCUUCCCCAGAGACAUGUCCUGCUGCAACCCGUGCCAGCCCUGCCAGCCCUGCGGCCCGUGCCCGCUGGCCAGCAGCUGCAAUGAGUGCUGUGUCCGGCAGUGCCAGAGCUCCACCAUCGCCAUCCAGCCGCCCGCGGUGGUGGUGACCCUGCCCGGACCCAUCCUCAGCUCCUUCCCUCAGAACACCGCCGUGGGCUCCUCCACCUCUGCUGCUGUUGGCAGCAUCCUCAGCUCUAACGGAGUGCCCAUCUCCUCCGGGGGCCUUGACCUCUCCUGCAUCACCAGCGGCUACUGUGGCACCAGAUGUCGGCCCUGCUAAAUCUGCUGGCAACCUCUCUGGACAAGAACCUCUGAAGACCUCACCACUUGUUUUUGGAUAGGAGAUAGAGUGUAGAGGCAUUGUGUUUAGAGCUUUGAGCCAUUGCUUUCUUCUUCCACUCUUUUCUCUCUCUUUCUUUUUCUAUUGCCUAGUCCCAGUGCCAGCCUAUGGAGGACUCAUUGGCCUCCGUUCCUUUGAUGGGUGGGCCGACUGACACCCUGCAGGAGCUCCAAAGCAUCAUGGUGGCUGCCGUUGGCGCUCCCUGGGGGCCACCUUCUUUUCUUCUUUAGACGCAUUAAAGAUUUGC